GCAGCGACCACAACACGCUCCACACACUCACAGAGAGAGAGAGGCAUAACCAGGAGAAGCACAGUGAAGGAAAAGGAAAGCCACUCUCUUUUGUCUCCACGGACACUCAACUUCCUCCGAGCACUUCUUCUGCUUAUAGUUCGUGUAACGCAGCAGCGGCGCUCGCCAUCCGCUUAAUAAUUCAUCAGGUCAGAGCUGCAGCGCUCAACAACUUUUCCUCGUCGAACUUUUCCUUUCACACCGCAGCAGUCGACUUGUUCAGCAACUCUUCAUUUACACUUAAAUAUACCUGCCACUGAAUGCUAAGGGAAAUACAUUCUGCACUUUUGCUGUGAGUGUGCGCGAAAGGUGUGUGUGUCUGUGAUUUCUGGACUGAGGACAUCCUGUUCAUCUCGCUCUUGGAAUUGGGACCUGAAAUCGUUGCUGUUUUGGGACUGGACUGGUGUAGAGGAGGACCAGGGGGAGGCUCGUAUGGGACUUCUGUCUGUGCCGGUGCUUAGGCUGCUGUAGGGGCUGUUUGGGCACCCUCGGAUUUGCCCUCAUAAUGGCUGGCUGUACCAGCCGCUGCAGACAGGGGGUGCUAAAGCUCAUUCAGUCCAUCCAGAGGCUCCUCUCAGGAACACUCAGCAAAGAUAAAAUAGAUGAUGAAUUAGAGAUGACAAUGGUCUGCCAUCGACCGGAGGGUCUCGAACAGCUCGAGGCGCAGACAAACUUCUCCAAACAAGAGCUACAAGUUCUAUACAGAGGUUUCAAAAAUGAGUGUCCAAGUGGAGUGGUGAAUGAAGAGACUUUUAAACACAUUUAUGCACAAUUUUUUCCACAUGGAGAUGCCAGCACAUAUGCACAUUAUCUCUUCAAUGCGUUCGACACCAGAAAUAAUGGAUCAAUAAAAUUUGAGGACUUUGUGAUGGGACUAUCCACUCUAUUGCGGGGGACAGUCAGAGAUAAGCUGGAAUGGACAUUUCAUCUCUAUGACAUCAACAAAGAUGGAUUUAUCAAUAAGGAGGAAAUGACAGAGAUAGUGAGAGCGAUCUACGACAUGAUGGGGAAAUACACAUAUCCAGCUUUAAAAGGGGACGUACCAAAGGCGCAUGUGGAUGCCUUCUUUGAGAAAAUGGACAAAAACAAAGAUGGGGUUGUAACAUUGGAGGAGUUUGUCCUUGCCUGUCAAGAGGAUGAAAAUAUGAUGAGAUCCAUGCAGCUCUUUGAAAACGUGAUGUAGAGAGGAUCGACGAGAAGAAGAAAAGAACAAAAUGGAGAAGAGAAAAAAGAAAGAAAGCAAGAGUGAUUUUAUGUUUAAAUACAUAUCUGCUUUAUUUCACACUGGAAAACUGAUAGCCUGAGAGGGAUGAGAGUCUAUGAGCUUUGUUUUUUCUCUCUCUAUUUAUACCUUGUAACAUACUUAAUGUUGUCUCUUGCUGGUGUUUUGGGAAAUUACCGGCCCAAAAUCCACCUUCAUCCAGCCACAGAAGACUACAUGAGGUUUCAUGACUGUUUGGAAGGCAAUGUGCAAUGACUAACUAACUAUUGGGUGGCAAUGAUCAACACCCUUGUUCCCUGUGAUCAUUUUCUUGACCCUAGAGCUCAGGACUCUGCAUUUACUGUACUGGAACUGCAUCCAGGAGGAAACACAGCCUCCAUUUGCUUGCUUUGUUGACAAAAGAGCUUGCAUGAUGAUAAAGACCAGCUGAUAUGAGUUGCUUGAAAAUAACGUUGGCCUUCAAAAUAUAUGAUUUGCUGUGUUUAUCUAUGAAACUGGGUUUGGAGGAUACUAAUUGGAUGUUGAUUUUGUGUCUUGUGUUGUCAACGUUGUUUGUUAGUAAUUGCUGUUUCCAGACGACCUGCUUAUGUCUGUCCGUCUCAGUACUUGCCAAGCCAUUUUGCCCAUUAGACCAUAGUGAAUAAUGUGGGACAGACGUUCCUGUAAAAGUGUGUGUUUAUGUAUGGCAAGAUGUGAGGAGUAUUAAAGAGUCUGUAUUCAAAAUCUGUAUUCAAACUUAACAAAUGACAAUCUAGCGUCUGGAUAUUCUUCUGUCCCUUGAUACAUUUGCUUAUGUUCAAAAAGGACAGUUAUUUGUAGGUGGAAAAGCACAUCCAUUUACAGUAAAUUGCAUAAAAGGAAAAAAAAUUAUUUACAUUAAAGGGAAGUGGUCAGGUUCAGUCAAAUGACAUAUAAGCUAUGUAUAUAUACAGUAAUUGCAUAAGUAUGGUGCCAUAUGAAGAAAUGCCCAGUGAGGCAAAUACAAACUGUGAAAAUGAAAUAACAGAAAUAUGCUGUGCAAUUGCAAUAUCAGUCCAAACUGAUUAAAAUCAUUUG